UAAUAGUCACAAUGUAUAAUAAAUAAACCAGACACCUGUGAUUACAAUAUACAAAAAAUUAUAUUGAUAAGUAAUAAUAAAUUAGUUACAACUAUGAACAUAAUUUUUUAAUUUAAAACAAAUUAUGUAUAACUUUCGAGUAAUUUUUAUGGUGAUAUUUUUAGAAUAAUUUUUUUUUUAGUAUUUCUAAACUUUAAAUAAUUAAAUAUUUGAAACAAUUUGAAGAAAAUUGCAAUGAAUAUUGACCGAUUUGAUGAUAAUACUUUGGUGGGACGUUUUAGAUUAUUAUUAUUGAAUAAUGAUCUAAUUAAGAAGAUGACUGAUCGAAAACAUCUUGGAACCAGUAUUUUGGAAAAUAUAAACAAUUUCAAAUUAUGAGUGGAGAUGAAAAAUGGUGCUGCUAUUUUUAAAUAAACAUUUCCAGGCCGUACUCACUCAGAAAAAUUAAUCAGUUUUACACUCUUUAUUUCUAAAUAAAGUGAUAAAAAUAAAAAAAAAAUAAUAAAAAAAAGGACACAAAAACCAGCUCAGAAUCGAAGUAUUUUGUCUGACUCACCGAUAAUUUUCUUAGUAUCCUUAUGUUUCAAUUGGCUUCAAAACUAUGGUAACUACCUAAAAUGACACAAGACCAAUUCUGUCAACAAAUUAAUAAUUUAUUAUUAAUGAUUGAUCAGACGAAUGAUGAUUCUAAUGUUAAUCAAUUAAUCGACCAAGUAAAACUUUCUAUUGAAAAUAUUAUGAGAUAUCCAUCAGGAAUGGUUUAUAUUUUUGGAUCAAGAUCUUAUGGAUUGGCAUCGUCUGACAGUGAUGUAGACUUAUAUUUUGACUGUGGUGAUUGUUUUUCUGGAAAAAUUGCGUCCAAUAGAGCCGCUCAAUAUCAGCUUAUUGACUUAUUUGCAAAUAUGGUUCAAGACAAGAAAGUUUUUUCUGAAAUUUUAGUUCUUAAACAUUUACAUGUUCCCAUCGUGCGAUUUCGAUACUUCAAUCUAAAGUGUGACUUAAUGUUUCGAAGUGGCUUAGCUGUACAAAGUUCUCGUCUUUUAAAAUUAUACUUGUCUAACAAAACUGUACGUUGGAUUACUACCAGUGUUGUCAAACAAUUCACUUUAGUAAAUAAACUUGUAAGUGAUAAUUUAUCAAGUUUCUCUAUAAUUUGGUUAGUAUUGUUCGUUUUGAUUCGCCAAAAAGUCAUUCCUCCAGUUAUUGAGUUAUGGAAAACUUGCACCAGAAUAGAACCAUAUUUUGUUGAAGGAUGGGAUACAAGAAUAGUUCAAGAAGAAAAUGAUGCCUCAUUAAUUUUUGGUAACUACAAUUCUGAUGUGAAUAAUUGGGAUUUACUACGUAGUGUAUUUGAAUUUUACUCAGAUACUUUUACAUUAAAAAACUUUAUAUUAUGUCCUAUGUUUGGAGAGUUAUUUAAUAAGUCAACAUUUAGUUCAGAAUUUAUAAUAAAAAGCGAUUCUGUCUUCAAUUUUCGUUUACAAUUAGAAACAUUCAAACAAAAUAAAACUAUAAGUGAAGAGAACUUAAGAGAUUAUCACAAAAUAAUUCUACAAAAUCCAAUUAAAUUGUGUAACAAUGUUACUCCUUGGCUUACGGAAAAAAAUAUGGAUAUAUUUAUUGAUAUAUGUACUAAAUGCAUGAAAUCAAUGUCUGUUAUUUAAAUAAUAUAUAAGGUAUGCAGACAAAAUAUCACCGAUAUAGUUGUUAUUAUAAGAUGGCCAACGUUAAAAUUUAACAAAAAUAGAUAGAGCGAAAAUUUAUGAGAUAUAAUUUUGUAAGGGAUAUUAUUAGGUAAUACGACUUUAUUACACGACGACAGUUGUGUAAAAAUUCACGAGCCAACCACACAUGGAUUAAAAAUAUUAAUAAUCAAAAAAAGGUAAGUAUAAACUUAUCAAUGAUGGAUACAGUUACACUAAAUCACACACAUUUUUCUAAUACCUCAAAAAUAGAUGCAAUUUAGUUUAUGACAGUUUAUUUAUUUGCUAUAUUUUAACUUUCGCGAUAUUACAAUGACAACUAAAUUUUGUCCGGCGGUAUUAGUGUUUCCUUAUAUUUUAUCGGCGAUAUUUUUCUGUAAUUCAUAUUAAAUGGUAUUUUAUUAAAAAUCUCAAAAUAUUUUUUACAUUAUACUUUUUUUUAUUAUUCAAUACGUAAAUACUACUGAAUAGUCAACAAUAGCGUUCAGACAUACAGAGACGUCACUGAAGACUUUUUAACUAGAUUAUACUAUAAAAUAAGUUUUUGAAUAUCUACUGUUUAUAUAAGAAUCAAAUUUUAGUGAGUUAUUUUUAGUCGUGUGCAAGUUUAUUUUUAUUGAAAACAUAUAAGAUAUAUUAAAAAUCAAUGAAUUUUUUUAUUAGUUAAAAAAAUAUUUUUAUGUAUUUUAUUGUUUUUGUAAUAGAAGUCUCUAUAAUAAAUAAUAAAAUUUUUGAA